AUGUACGUGGAACGGAAGGGCGGCGAGGAGGAGGCCCUCGUGCCCGAGGAGGAGCACGCCGAGUUCGUCAAGCUGCGCGACGAGGGCGAGGCGCCGGAGCCGGAGCCGACGCACACGCCCAUGACCUGGACGAAGCUCGCCUACUGCAGCGCGCUGCUGGCGCUCCUGAUCACGAUCCCCUGCGUCCUCUACCCGCCGAGCGAGCUCGCCAAGUACUGGUACGGGCCGCUCAUGGGCCUCGCGUCGACGAUCCCGUCCGCGGGCGCGCCCGUCGCCGGCGGCAUCGUCUUCUUCCCCAUCCUCAUGCUCGCGGGCUUCUCGCCGUCGGAGGCCGUGGCCUACGCGGCGGCGACGCAGAUGAUCGGCGUCGGGCUCUUCGUGCCCGGGUCGUUCAUCGUCUACGAGGCCUACGCCGUGUUCCUGCACGACAUCCUCUUCUGGGGCACGUUCUCCGGCGGCAUCGGCGUGUACUUCUUCGGCGACCCGGAGUGGUACGUGCUGCUCAUCUUCACGAUCGUCGUCGUCGUCGUCGUCCUCAUCAUCUCCGUGGUCCACGACCUCCAGAACCCGCGGGGCACGAUGCGCCGCCGGCCGUCGGCGGGGUCCUGGCGCGAGAUGAUGGACCAGGCCGACGCGGCCGACGUCGUCCCCGACAACCAGAAGCCGCACGUGCCCCGGGAGUCGAUCCUCGCGGUCGGCCUCCUCGGCGGCAUCAUCACGGGCUUCAUCGGCAUCGGCAUCGAGAAGAUGCUCUACAUGCUCCUGACCAUGCACCCGCGGCGCGUCGAGGUCGACACGACGCAGGCGGGCGUGUCGUGCAUCACCGUCGCCGGCCGCGUCUCGAAUCACAUCUUCGACCCGACUUCAAUGUGGGCGUAUGCGACGGUCGUGGGCCUCGUGAGCGCGAUCGCGGCGACGUACUACUUCAUCGUCGGCCUCGUGCCCGUGUGCCUCUGGCUCGUCUCGCUGCCGGGCACCUGGCUCGGGAGCCUCUUCGGCGCGCGGCUCGCCGACUCCUUCGGCAGCCGCAACGUCCUCAUCUUCUUCGUCGCGUUCCUCUGCCUCGAGGUCGUCUACAACGUCUGCGUCCUCACGGAGCUCCCCAUCUUCGACUCCAUAUCCCACGAAGAUGGCGUCGCGGCGCUCUACGAGGUCGGGAAGCGCCACGAGGCGGCGAAGGACUUUUCCGCCGCCGCGGAGGCCUACGGCAGGGCCGCGGCGACGGGCGGCGGCAAGCUCCGGCUGCGCGUGAACAACAAGCGCCUCAAGGAGACGCGCGUCCUGCCGGCCGUGCGCGGCGACCUGAACGCGCAGGUCGCGCUGGCGGCGCUCCACUACUGCGGCCGCCGCGACGGCGACGACGCCGGCGGCUUCGUGCGGUCGCAGAAGACGUGCGUGAAAUGGCUCGAGGUCGCCGCCGCGCGCGGCUCGACGGACGCGAUGGACGCGCUGGGCUACUGCUACUUCGAGGGCCACGGCGUGCCCGAGGACGCGCCGCGCGCCGAGGCGCUCUGGGCCGAGUCCCUCGAGAAGCAGCGCGCGGCGAAAGUCGAGGCCGCGGAGAAGGCCAGGGCCGAGGCGGCGGAGGCGCGCGCGCGAGAGGCGGACGCGGAGGCGGGCGCGAAGGACGACGAGGCCGAGGGCGCGAAGGACGAGGAGGACGACGCGGGCGCGAAGGAAGAAGAGGCCGGAGACGAGGAGGCCGCGAAAGACGAGGAGGACGCGAAAGACGAGGAGGACGCGGACGACGAGGAGGCCGACGAGGCCGCAGAGGAGGCGAACGGAGCGGAGGCCGAGGAGGUCGCGGACGAAGCGGAAGUCGAGGAGGCCGAGGACGCGCGCGAGGAGGCCGCGAACGACGACGAGGAGGUCGCGGACGAAGCGGAGGCCGACGCCGAAAACGACGAGGCCGCGGACGAGCCGGAAGAGGACGAGGAGAACGACGACCCCGCGCCGCCGCCGCCCGAGGAGAGCGACGACCCCGCGCCGCCGCCGCCGAAGCGCAAGCGGGGCCGCCCGCCGAAGACCUUUGACUUCGAGGACUGCCAGCCCGAGGGCUGCAUCUUUCCGUUCAUCUACUACGGCGUGACCUAUGACGGCUGCACGGACGUAUGGGAGAGCAGCGCGAGCGGCAGCUACCGCUACCCCUGGUGCGCGACCGCCGUGGAGGCCGAUGGCAUCACCUACGAUAAUGCGUGGAUCGAGUGCGAGGCGUCGAACUGCCACCCGCCGACGCCGCGGCCCGUGCCGUGGCCGACGCGGCGGCCGACGUACGCGCCCACGGUCGCGCCCGCGGAGCCGUCGGCCGCGCCGUCCGCCGAGCGGCGGGCGCCGUCGUCGGAAGCGCCGUCGUCGGAAGCGCCGUCGCGCGCGCCGUCGCGGGGCACGCGCGCGCCGACCGACGCCGCGGCGGCCGCCGCCGCCGACGACGACGACGAGCUGGCGCUCUUCGACGCGGGCGGGAUCGCGUGGUCGCGGUCCGAGAAGCGCACGGUCUGGUACCGGUGGAUCCUGCGGUCGCUCGGCGUGCUCGCGCUGGGGCUCCUGGCCGUCCUCGAGCCCAUCCUGGUCGUGGCGGAGUCGCGCGUGUCGGACGCGCAGAAGCGGACGCUGCUGCUCCUGUCGGUCUGCGACGCGGGCUUCGUCGCGUGCUUUCUCAUCGAACUCUGGUACACGCGGCGCGUCCUCUUCUACGUGGAGGUCGCCGUCGUGGCGUGCGCGGCGCUCGCGUCCGCGGCGCUCCUCGUCCGGCUCCGCCUCAUCCCGCUCCUGCCCUGGCGCGAGAGCGCGCGGAACCGCGACGACGCGGGCGUGCUGCGGCUGAAGCACUUUGGCCUGAAGCACUACGCGCGGUCGUUCCCGACGGUCUUCUCGAGCCGCGUCUCCCUGGCCGUGGACCUGGCGAAGCACGGCGUCACCGCCGCCACGUCGAUCGUGUCCGUGCUCGCGCCGUCGCCGGACAGCGUUUUGGAGUUCGCCACGCUCGCCGUGAGCCUCGCGGCGGUGCUGGCCAACGGCUACCGGCGCUGCGCGCCGGGCGCGCCGGACGGGGGCGCGCCGCGCGGCGCGUCGUCGCCCGUCAGCUUCACGGCGAACCCGCUGCAGAAGACCUUCGACGGGGCCGCCGUCGAGCUCCCCGAGGCGCCGUCGUCGACGCGGUCCGCGCGCCUCGGGUCGGGGCCGCGGCGCUCGACGGCGUGGCGCCUCGGCGAGCGAUAA